CAACGGCGCCACAGUUUGAAAUCUGCGGGCUGUUGUUCGGUUUUUGUUGUGUCGUGUCAAAGCUUUCUGCAAAUCUCCCUGUAUUAAAAACGCGGUAAACCCAUUUGUGGGCAGCCAUGGGUGUUCAAGAUUUGUGGUCUAUCAUCGAACCAGUUCGUGAGUCGGUUCCGCUGUAUAGUUUGAGCGGAAAGACUCUGGCAGUGGACCUGAGUUUGUGGGUGUGCGAAGCCCAGCAUGUCCAGGCAAUGAUGGGGAGGGUCACCAAGCCCCAUCUGAGGUAACCGUCCUGAAAAUAAUACCCCCAAUGAUGUUUGCUUUAGUUAUUGAAUCUUUUGCACACGUUUAACCGCCAUUGCCGUGGUAUUUUGUGUUCAGGACUUUAUUUUUCCGGGUGUCAUCUCUAACUCUGAUGGGGGUCAAGCUUGUCUUUGUGAUGGAGGGAGAGGCCCCAAAACUAAAGGCUGAAACCAUGAGCACAAGGAUAGCAUCAAGAUAUGGAGGGUUUAAAAAGGCCCCUGUCUCCAAGUCUACCACAAAGACCAGCAGGGGGCGCUUCAAUGCUGUGCUGAGAGAGGUUGGCUGCUCUUCCUAUUUACACCACCACCACCCACUACAUCUUGAAAAAUAAAUGUAUCACUUCUUUGAUCUUGUCUACAAAAAUGGCACAUUUACAAACUUGUGAUUGGUCUGUGAGUAUCUAUGAUUGUUCUUGGCGAUGAAAACACUCAUGUUUUUUUAUCAUCCUGUCUCUUUCUUGCCUCUGCAGUGUGCAGAGAUGCUGGACUGUAUGGGUGUGCCAUGGGUGACAGCAGCUGGAGAGGCUGAGGCCAUGUGUGCCUAUCUGGACUCCCAGGGCCUGGUGGAUGGCUGUAUCACCAAUGAUGGCGACGCAUUCUUGUACGGGGCCCAAACUGUGUACAGAAACUUCAACAUGAACAGUAAAGUAUGUUUAUAUGAGCUUGUGUCUGUCAUCCAUAGUGAGUAAAAUGAAGAUAAGCCUAAAUCGCUCAAAUGGAUCAAAAUCAGAAUGAAACGUUUCUGUUCAAUUUUCUGCUCAUUUACACACUGAAUUUAUGGAAAAAAUCUCCACAUCUUUAACAUUUAAUUUCUCCCUUUCACUUCCAGGACCCACAGGUGGAGUGUUACAAAACUUCAAGGGUGCAAACAGAGUUACAUCUCUCCAGAGAGGAUCUUGUUGGUCUUGCUGUCCUCCUUGGCUGCGAUUAUAUUCCAAAAGUAAGGGUGGCAUGUCAGAUUGAAAUAUCCAGUCUUAAAAUCCAUCUGUUCUAAUAACAUGUGAACUGUACAUUGCUUUUCUUCCAUUAGGGGAUAUCAGGUGUUGGUAAAGAGCAAGCUCUAAGGUUUAUCCAGAUACUAAAAGGAGAGACUCUUCUACAAAGGUAAAAAAAAGUCCUCACCUGCAUUUUUUAAUAUACGCAUGUACAGUACAUGAUGGUUAUAUUUUUUCCCAUAAGGAUUGUAUUUAUGCCAAAGUUUUGUGAUUUUGUAAUAACCUUUUUUCUUUUUCUUAUCACCUCAGGUUCAUCAAGUGGAAGGAAAAGACCACAGAGGUGUUUGAGGGGGUUGUUAAGAAGGUUGCUCACUGUCACGUAUGUCGACAUCCUGGUGAGUGGUGCCCUGCUCUGACCUCUGACCUUGUUCCUGAUCCUAAUAAAAGGUGAAAAGCAUAAGGAGGGGGUCUAGGAGGACACAUUUCACGCGUGGUUCAAAGCCAUUUAAUAUGUCAUGUUAAAACAUACACAUAUGUGAGAGACGAGUUAGUCAGAAAACACUUUUUUUGACUUUACACUUGAGUUAUAGAAGUGUUUUACAUUUAAUACCACUCAUUUUAUCAAAUAUUGAAUCUGAUUUAUCCUUUAUUUUUCCAGGCUCAGCAAAAACACACGAGCGAAACGGCUGCCUGCUUUGUAACAGUGAACAUUUCUGUCAGCCUCAGGACUUUGACUACCAGUGCCCGUGUGACUGGCACCGCCAUGAACAAAGCCGUCAGGCCUCAACCCUGGAGGCAAAUAUCAGGAAGUAGGUGUUUUUCUGCAAAGAAGAAGAGCUUAACUUUGUCUAUACAACCAGUGUCCAUAUAUGUAAUCAAAGAUUAUAAAAAUCUGAAAAAGAUGAAAAACUUUUCAGAGAUGAAUGACUUACAAGAGUGUCAUGAUUUCAUAUAGUUUCUAAUCUUUUAUUAUUCUCUUUUUUCAGGAAAACCCUGGAAAACCAAAAAUUCCCUUUCACAGAGGUACAGCACUUCAUCUUCAUGUUUUUUUAUAAGCUGUAGAGACUCACAGUAGAUGGUUUAGAUAAUCAAAUUAUAUUUUGCAGAUCAUUCAAGAGUUUCUCAUCCCCAAGGAUAAGCCUGUGUCACAUUUCAGGAGGCGGCAGCCAAACAUGCUUUUAAUGCAGGUAAUGAAUUUUUUUUAAAGUGAGUUUGUUCAGUAUUUCUGUUUGGUUGUUUUUUUUUGUAAAUUACAUUUUAUUUUUUAGAAAUUUGCCCUUCAAAAGAUGGAGUGGCCGAAGCACUACACCAGUGAAAAGGUUUUAGUUUUGAUGACCUAUGCAGAACUCAUGAACAGAAAAUACAGAAGAGAAUCCUCCUCCCAAAUCACGCCUCUCAGGUAGUCCUACAAAUUCAACUUCAGAUUUCACAUCUGAGAAAAAGUCUCCUUAUACUUCAUUCAUGCACUUUUUUUCCCCCACAAAGAAUCUUGAAACCAAGAGUGAGGAAUUCAGUCGCCUGCUUUGAAAUCAUCUGGAGCACACCAGGUCAGUUUAAAUCUUUUAACAAGAGAUGUUCAUUAAUAUAAUCAGUGGUGUCCUUCUUGUUGUCCUUGCAUGAAAAAAAAUUACCAAAAAAAGUAAGAUUUUAGAGAAUAUGCUCUGGUUUGAGUGACAUGACUGCUGCAGGAGCCAGAGGCUGGGGUGCGGGGUGCCCGUCACCGGGUUGUCUGUUAGUGACUUGCUGUGAGGUGGGUUCAGAGGUGAUAGAUCACUCACAACAGCCAUGAGGUGCUAAACUAGCUUCCUCUCCAGGCUGAGAAAUCUGUCAUAUCAAGUCUGCUUUACUAACAAGGCUGCCUGAUGAGAUGAGCCCGGGAAAGUCUCAAUCAACUUCUCUGGAAAAUAGUCCCUAAUGUGUGAUAUUAUUUUAUUGGAUCUGGUAUUUUUAACCCACACAAGAGUAUAUUUUUUUAUAAAUGAAAUAUGAAUCUAAAUGUACAACAGUAACAGUUCAUGAAAAUGUUUCUAUAAACUUGUUGUUUUUGAGUAAUUUUAUUAUGUAAGGUUACACAUCUCUGAUUUCAUUUUUUUUAUAUGAUGUGUUGGCAUUGAGUGAUGAAACAAGCAGUGUAUUUGCAUAUGCUAAAUCCACAUCUGCAUCAUUCUGUGAUCAUGCCAUGCAUUAAAUAUAGAGCUGCUUUGAUAUGAGGAUUUAUCAAAAUAUGGAGCAUCAGGAAAGUUAUCAGCAACUGUUUAAUUAAUUAUUGAUCCUUUUUUAAAUAUAUUUUUUUUAUUUUUUUCAACGUUGCAACAGACAAACAAAAAUCAAACAAAACAGACAGAAUGGAGGUCUGAAUAGUAACAAUAAUGAAAUAAAUAAAAGAAAAUAAAUAGAAUAAAAAAUCUGAAAAUAAAUUAACAAAAAAUAAGACGGGCAGAUAGGUUGGCAGGGCAAGAAAAUUAACACAUCUGUCAACCAAAACUAUCCCAUUUUUCUUUUAUCAUAUAAUUUUCUCGCAUGCUACAGUCCCCAGCAUCUGUGUUUUCCACAUACUCAGUGUCGGAGCUUGGGGUUCCCUCCAACACCUCAGAAUAGUCCGGGCACAUGUUAUUAGGCCAGUUUUUAAUAUUCUAAUUAAUUAUUGAUCCUUGAAGUUGUUUGGAGGAGAAAGGCCAAACUUGAUGAUUCCUUAAAUAAAAGAAUAAAAAAAUAAAAUAUUUCCAUAAAAUAUUGCUAUAUAUUGAACUCCUGAUCCUGUUGCUAUUUAAUGCAUUUAACCCCCCAGGGUAGAGGCAGAAAUCCGCAAAAUAUAAUAAUGAAGAUAGAUCUAAUUAGAAAAAGUCUGCUAUACUAGCUCAAAAAUGAAAGAGGAUUAAGUCUUUAAGUCUUCAUAAACUCAGUGAACCCCAUUUUGAACCUAACCUUCACAUUUUGUCCUGCAGAACAUUAUGUGUUUCCUGAGGAUCGGCUUGCAGACGACCAACACGAGGUGAGGACGGUGGAGGAAGAGUCUCUGUUCCAUGUGGCCUUUCCAGAGGUGGUGGAAAGAUACCUGAGAGAGAAAGCUGAGGCUGAAGAGAACAAGGGCAAGAGUAAGAAAUGCACAUGAGAGCACAAACAUUCAGUAUUAAGUGAAUUAUAAGUGAAUUAUACUACUUUAUGUCCAGAUUUGCUGUAUCUGACAGUAGUUUUCAAAACAAAAAACAGAAGCCACCCCCAAAGUUUCUACAACCUCCUAAGACUUCCCACGCUGCUGACACGAUGUGCUGAUCAAAGGCGCCUGAAGCUCUGACUUGUUUUUCUAAAGCUGUCUAUUACAGCCGCUCUGACACCUGAAAAUGUAGAGUUUGGCAGCUCAACCGGUUCACACUGAAGGCUUUGAUGCAGCAGAGAGGCGUCUGGCUCUCAAACAUAGCUGUCACUUUAUGCAGGUUACUCUUUGCUCCCACUUCCCUGCUCAUAACCUUUCCAAGACUUCACUUCUGUGUUUGCAGGAAUGACCCCACACUGUAGAGAUGGCAGAAUGCAUAUGUUAUAAAUGCUUCUGUUUUUAUUUAACUCUAAUGUUAAGUCUUGUUUGUGUUUCCAGAGAGAAAACCAAAAAGCAAAAAGGAGAAGCCGUCUGCUGUCUCUGAUGGUAUUUCAGACCUCAUGGCUCAGAUGACUCUCCAGAGUUCCUCCACUUCUCCUCCACAAAUGCCACCCCCUGUCAUUUCGAACCCAGAAGAGCCAGAAGUGCUGGUUUUAGACACUCCGGUGAAAUAUGAUCGGCAGCAAAAGUCAAAAGACAAUCACAGCACUGUGAAUGACCUCCCUGAAGCUGACCCAGAUGCUGUUGCUUCUCCUUCAGUCUCUGCAGUUAUUGAUGCUCUGCACCUGAGUGACAUCAACUGGGAUGCUACGUCCUUCACAUCCUCCCCAACUUCACAAUCGGCUGAAAACCACAAAGAUCCUGAGAAGACCAAAAUCACAGAAAGCAAUGUAAUAGAAGCAAAAAGCAGAAAUACCUCAAAUGGUGUCAAAGAAAGCGAGUCCAGAUCUGCUCCAGAGAUGUGCUACACAGAGUGUCCUCUUAGGGAGAGGGUGCUAAUGAGGAACACUGCUAAAGAGUUAGCUCCUCUCAAGCUCAUUUCUUCUUUUAACUCAAAAUCAAAUGGACAGAUUAGCAGCAAAGGUAGCAAUGACAGUAAGACAUCAGGGAAAGAAUCUGCCAUUUGCAAAAAGGAACCACUUUCUGCACCAAAUAAGUCUGAACUAGAGACUGAUAGCUCAAAACAGCAGCUGAAGUCCACAAUAUCAACUCAAAUAAAGACAAAGGACUUGUGUAAUAUCGCUGAAAAGCCUCCUCAGAAGUAUAAAUUUGUCAAAAAAGCCAUUUCUUCAUCAUCAUCAUUAUCCAUCCCGAAACAGAGAUGCCAGUCCGACCCAGGUCAAAGUUACACAAAUAAGAGUGUACCCGAAACCACCAAGAAGAGUGUGUGCAUGAGUGUGUGUUCAUCCAGCGAGGACAGUGAUGCAGAGAAUCAGAAGUUCAAACCUCAGAGGAAACCAAAGAUCCAGACUGUGAAAAAAAUGAGGAGCAGAGUCCUCUCUGAUGUCCCCCUGAAACCUCGUUCUGGACCCAAAACAGCAAAAACAGCUCACAACGCCAAGUCUCUUUUAAUACCAACAGUUAAGAGCCACAGUGUGGAUCUUGACAUAAACAGUGUACCUGUAACAAAUGACAGCAAACAUUCAAAUGUUUUGGAUGUUUCACCAGCUCAUACGGAUGCUGAUGUUUCCUCUAUGACUCCAGCUUCACCUGUUAUUGUGUUGGACAGUGAUGACUCAGUUAUUUGUAGCGAGAGUCCACUACCACUCGCAGAGAGGCUGAGACUGAAAUUCCUAAAGUGA